GUGCGCGCUCGGUCGCACGGCAGGCGUCCGUAACCGGACACGGUGGCGCGCGGGCUGCAGCGGACGGCAGACGGGGGAAGGUAGCCGCUGCGCAGACGCUGAAAACACGGGUCACCGGAUCGUGGAGCCAGUCAUGGGGGACCACCCAGUCAACCAUGUGAUGGUGCCGCUCUUUCUGCUGGAGGUGGUUGUCACAGGCUGUCUGGCCGUCAUCUUCUACUAUCUCAAGUACCUGGACAACUUCAAGGAGAAGCGGUACCCGCUGCCGUGCGCUGACGUCCAGUGGAUCUCCUAUCCCUACUACAACGACACUGACCGCCACCCGUUGUACCUCAACGACUCGGGCCUCUACUCAGCCAGCUUCUUCAUUCCAGUUGUCACGAUUGUCAUCGUUGAAAUCAUCCACUGGUUCUUCUACGAUGGGGAAAAGAAGGCCAUAACCACCAAUUGUCCUAACUGGACGUUCCAUUACUUUACCAGACGUCUCAUCCGCAUUACAGGUACGCUCCUGUUCGGAAUGCUGCUCACUAUGGUGCUCACCUUCACACUCAAGUACGUUUUCGUCGUUCCGCGGCCGCACUUUCUGCAAGCCUGCCAACCGAAUAGCAGCGCCAUCUCUGCCAUCUGCGGUGGCGACAUCUACACGGAGCGUCUCUCCACGGCGGCCACGUUCACGCCGUCGUCCGUCACGUGCCUGGCGGGCGCGCACGCCGUGGACGCCGCGCUGCGCAGCUUUCCCUCAGAGCACGCGGCACUGCCGGUCUUCUGCGGCGUAUUCCUGGCGUGCUACCUGCACCAGAUGGUGUCGUUCCGGCGCCUAGUGACGGUGCGGCCGGCUCUGGUGACGCUGGCACUGCUCGGUGGCCUGCUGCCCGGAAUCGGCAGCCUGCACUUGUUUCGCUGCCGCUGGUCUGACCUGCUCGCCGGAUACCUGCUCGGAGCCGCUGUAGCCUUCUACUUGACGGAGAUCACUCUGCGCCGGUUCGCGGCAGCAGAGCGUUCCCAGCCACCGGCCACCCUGCUCAGCCUGUCGCAGCCGCUGAGCUCCGGCGUGGCCAGGAGCGGUAUCGGCGACGACCCGGAGGAGAGGCUGUUCCAGUCGGCGGCGCUCGAAAGCGGAGGGCCGCUCGGUAUUCCGCGUGCUCGGCAGCCGGCCAGGGUUUUCGAAGCUGCAAACAAGACAUUCUUCCCGUAGUCUUCUGGCGGUUUUGUAUUUCAUUCCCACAACGGCCAGCAAGUUAAGCCGUGACGAGAUUAUCGAGGGAAGCAAAUGCAGCCAAGCCGACCAGUUUAGUGGAUCGCAGGACCACUUAUGGUGUUUGGUGCCGUCGAUUCGCGAAAAACGGGCUCUUUAACGUUGGUUGCGUCAUACUUGUACAUUGAUACAUACUUUUUAUUGAUUUUUAGUGACAUUGGUGGCAUGUACCAUGUACUGCGCGUCCCUGUCAAAGUGUUACGUAACGUCACGUUGAGCUGAAAGUCCAAAGUAACGUUUUCAAGGGUAUCGCUUUCGAAAAGGCAAUGGAGCAAGCUUUCCAGCUUUAUGUGUUAUUCGCUACAAGUGUUAACUCUUCUUUGAGAUGAAACAUGGUUGAUUGUUCAAUUGUGGCUAUAUUUGUUAUUUGUGCUCGUUCCGCUCGUUGGUUUCCUAAAUGUCCCGACAAAUCUUGGGGAAUGGUCAGAUUCUACCGUGCGUUGUAAUGCCAAUGCCAGAGUUCUUAUACUAGUGUGGCGUUGCUAGUCGCACUCUGGUAAAGCUACUGUAUGUAUGUGGAUACCGUGUGUGCUUUGUGUUCCGUUGUCCAUGCGUGCUGGUGUCUCGUUGGAGCCCUGCUUCCCGUGGUUUCUUCACAACUUGUUUACCCAAAUCAGCACUACUGAUGAGCGCAACGGCUGAGCAUGAGCACCGCCUUGGUCACGGCAAUUUGCGUAGCGACGCGUGCGGUUGCUGCAGGGGACGUGAUCGACGGCCAUUUUUCACGAUCGGAUCGCCACAUCAUGUGUGUACCGAUGUGGAGCGUACUCAGAGUACAGCCAGGUCUCGACAAACCGACCAGUUGUGUCACGUGUGAUCAGCCUGGUUGUUAGAGCCGCUGUAGUACCUGGAUGGUGCCUGGAAGCCGCGGUAACUGUAGUCGCGGGAUAAUACUCGUACUCGCCACCAAUUGGACAAGGGUGUCAGGUCGGGUAGAUGUGCUUGGCUAACUUCUUUCCUCAAUUUUGGUUUCAAAACUCAUCAUAACUUCCGUUUAAACGUGUGUUUUCGGGGCCCAGCUUUAUCUGUAAUUACUCGACUAACACCAAACUUAUUUCGGGCCGCAUUAAAUC